AUGAUUGGAGGAAACUGCACUGAGGUGGAAGAGUUUAUUCUUCUAGGAUUCACAGAUCAUGUAACCCUACAACAUGUGCUCUUUGUGAUAUUUUUAUUGAUUUAUGUUAUCACUGUUGUGGGGAAUAUUGGGAUCAUUGUGCUUGUGAAAAAUGAUUCUCGCCUUCAAACACCCAUGUAUUUCCUUCUGAGCAACUUAUCCUUCUUAGACCUUUGCUACUCAUCUGCUGUCACCCCAAAGAUGCUGAUGAAUUUCCUAGCACAGAAGAAAGUCAUCUUAUACACUGGAUGUUUCUUACAGCAAUACUUUUAUUGCUGUUUUGCAACUACUGAAUGCUACCUUGUGGCUGUGAUGUCAUAUGACCGAUAUGUGGCCAUCUGCAACCCACUGAAAUAUACUACUGUCAUGUCCAAAACUGUCUGCAUUUCAUUAGUAAUGUUCUGCUAUAUAGCUGGACUUCUUAAUGCAUCCAUACAAGUGGGAUUUCGUUUAAGAUUAACCUGCUGCCAUUCCAACAUCAUCAACCACUUCUUCUGUGAUGGACCUCCUGUGACUCAUCUUUAUUGUUCUGACAUCCAACUCGUUCAGAUUCUACUCUUUGCUUUUGUAGGAUUUAAUGAGAUUGCAACUACAUCCCUAGUGGUAAUCUCCUAUUGCUGUAUCAUUGUCACAGUCCUCCAAAUGCGUUCACUUGAAAGUAUUUACAAAGCAUUCUCUACCUGCUCUUCCCACCUGAUUGUUGUCUGCACUUUCUAUGGGACUGUUCUUUUCAUGUACCUGCGCCCUAGCGCCAGCUAUUCCUUGGAGCAAGACAAGAUUGUGUCGGUCUUUUAUGUUGUGAUCAUUCCUAUGCUGAACCCCAUCAUAUAUAGUUUCAGGAAUAGAGAAGUUAGGAAUGCCAUGAAAAAAACAUUUCAGAGAAUAAUCACCUCCAAGUGA